UAUACACGCAGGUAUUCAAGAAUCAAAGAACAAAUACAGCCAAAACGGAGUGAGUUUGUAAGAAGAAGAAGAAAUCGUAUUCAAAAUCAUAAGGUUCGUUCAACAUCAAUUUACAAACAGAGUCUCUCUCAGGUGGAGUUUUGAAGUGUGGUAUUAAUAACUAGACUUUGCAACAAUGGUUUUGAUAAGCGGGAAUAACAAAAGUGUGUUACAGCAAGCAAAUGAUGGAAGGGCAAAAGCACAAGGUGUUACAGUGCACCAGAAUUCACAUCAACAAGGAAAUAAAAGCGUUGAGAGCGUACGCACCCAGAAUUUGCCCAACACAGUGUUGGCCAAAGGAAUGACAACAUUGGAUGAAUUUAAAUACGGGUUUCCGUCCGAAAGCUUAUCGACUAUUUCAAAUAAAUGGUGGGGAUGGGGUGAUUCUGACGAUCGUACUGACACAAACCAAGAUGGAGGCAAGAGUCAACCAGAAGAAAGCGGAGGAGAGGCAGAAAAGAAGGAACGUGAAACAGGAAAAGCUGAAAGUAGUGAAGAAACUCGUCAUGGUUUAUCUUUGUUGAGAUCUGUGAGGAAAAGAGCUGUAGAAGAAGGAAGAGAAACAUUUAACUUAGGUGUUUUUCGAGGCUUUGGUGUAAACAAGCUAGCCAAAAGGGAGAAAAUAUUGCUCCAUCAAAUAUUUGGAUCUUCAUUGCCAAAAUCAUGGAUGGAUGCAUGACUUGUUAUUUAGGGUUUAGAUUUGGUGCCAUAAGCUGUCCGCUCUUUGGUAAACGGUCGAGAUCGUUACUGUGUGAAAACCGGAAUCUGGAUCUUGUAAUAUCAUUCUGCAUGGCUUCUUACACUGAUUUCUGCAUUGAGUACUUAAGCAACAACUUCAUGUGAGAGUUUCUUUUUCUUUCUUUUAUGAAUGUUGUAGUUUUAAUCUCAGGUAGUUUCUUUGGGCUGGUGUUUGGAACUAAUGGAAUGUGACACUUUUAUUCUUAUAUCACUUCCUGAUAUCUUAAAUAAGACUUAAUCAAAAUUAGUUUAGUUAUUAA